AUGCAGCAGACGAAUGGCAUAGCGCCGCUUGAUGCUUUAGACUCCGUGGACUACGACCCCAUCGACCACCUCAAUACUCUCUUCUCACAUCCGACUACCCUCUCGGCAGUACCUCAAGUCGGGACUGCACUACGGCGCCACCAAGAUGAACUCGACCACGACAUCUCCACGCUUGUUAGGACCCAAACGGACCCGGACGCAGACAGCAUACAACGCAUACAAGAUGCCAAAGCAGAGCUGGAACAGUUGUUUGCGAAGAUCGAGGGCGUGCGGGCGAGAGCGCUUGAGGCGGAGCGGACGAUCACAGAGAUGACGGCGGAUAUCAAGCGGCUGGACAGCACGAAGAAAAACCUUACACUCUCAAUGACAGCAUUGAAGAGGCUGCAAAUGCUCACGACCGCGUACGAGCAGCUCCGAGGCUUGAGCCAUUCUAGGCAGUAUCGAGAAUGUGCGCAUCUGUUACAGGCCGUCAUACAGCUUAUGGCACACUUCAAGAGCUAUAGGAGUAUAGACCAGAUUGCAGCUUUGAGCAAGAAUGUAGCAGAUGUGCAGCGAGAGCUUCUGGAGCAGGUGUGCGGAGACUUUGAGGUCACGUUUGCCAAGGGCGAGGUGCAGCAGAAGAGGGGUGUGCUAGCUGAGGCUUGCCUGGUGAUGGAUGCUUUGGGCGACCAGGCGAGGUCGAGACUGGUGACGUGGUAUUGCAAUACUCAGCUGCGAGAGUACCGGCAGGUGUUUCGUGGCAAUGAUGAGGCGGGGUCUCUGGACAAUAUUGCUAGGAGGUACAGCUGGUUCAAUCGCAUGCUUAAGACUUAUGAUGCUGAACAUGCGAUCUUAUUCCCGCCACAGUGGCGAGUGAAUGAGAUGCUUGCAAACGCUUUCUGUGAGACUACGAGGGACGACUACAAGGGCAUUCUGCAGCGGUCGAUGAGGAGGACAGAUGGCCAGCCACCGGAUGUGAAUCUACUGCUGUCCUGUUUGCAGGAGACGCUGGAUUUUGAACACAGCCUUGAGCGGCGUUUUGCCUCAGGAGAGUCAAGAUCAUCCAUCGAUACGAUCACGUCCAGUGAAGAAAAAAGGCAUGGCUUCAGUCAAGCCAUUUCCGAGGCAUUCGAGCCAUAUCUCAGUAUCUGGGUUGAAUCGCAGGACAAGCAGCUUUCUACGCUGAUACCCAAGUACCGACAACAGCCGAUAAAAGCGGCAGAUGAGGAGUUCCAUGCUCAGCUUGUGAUACCUUCUUCUACCGAGCUCUUUCAUCACUACCGGGUCACGUUCGCACAGUGCGCUAAGCUAUCGACCGGCACUAGACUACUGGAGUUGUCACAGACAUUUGGCAGAUAUCUGGACGCCUACUCACAACAAGUGCUGUUCUAUCAUCUGGCUGAGAAGACAGGCGGCCCAUCCGUGGAAGGCGCAGUCAUUGUACUCAACACCGCCGACUACUGCUACCAAACUACCAACCAGCUCGAGGAGAAGAUCAAGUCCCGUAUUGAUGACGACCUACAGGACAAAGUCGACAUGCAGUCACAAGCCGAUGCGUUCAUGGGUGUGGCUUCAGCUGCUGUGCGAGCACUCGUGCACAAGACUGAGAUCGACUGCGAGCCUGCAUGGCGAGAGAUGCGAGCAGUACAGUGGAGCAAGAUGGACAGUGUUGGUGACCAGAGCGGCUAUGUCUCCAUCCUUCUGCAACGAGUGAAAGAUCGCAGCAAAGAGAUUCUGCGCUACCUACACAAGCCGCAAUAUGCACGCGCUUACUGCGACAACCUUGUGGACAGCAUCACGAAUACCUAUAUCAAUAAUAUCGCAGCCAGCAAGCCUAUAUCCGAGACUGGUGCGGAGCAAAUGCUACUGGACUCGUACGUGCUCAAGAAAGGUUUCCAGGAGCUAGCUACACUCAAUGCUGAGCCUGGCACACCUCCCAACCAAGCCUUUAUCAAACGUGUUAACCAAAGCACUGCUAAGCUUGACCCACUGCUUAAGACUCUACAAGUGCGAUCAUCGCCAUCCGAAGCGUUGGUGCAAGCCUACCUCAUUCAUAUACGCGACCGCUCAGAGCCCAAUUUCCGCAAGAUACUGGAGCUUAAAGGCAUCACACGAAAGCCAGAACAGAGCCAUCUAAUGGAACUGUUCAAUGCGCACAAAUCUAGCUCAGCGAAUGAAAGUCUACAGGCUACGAAUCCGCUCAUCGGCUCAUUGCAGCUUUCAGCCCAGCCUACUGUUGCCGCUGGAACCUUACAGGCCAUCAAGGACAGCACUCUGCCGACAUCGUCGCCAUCAUUACCCGCACGAUUUGAUCCGUCCAACUUUGGCACUGCGCUUAUGAACGCUGCUCGUGAUGCCGGUGAUCGCAUAGCUAGCCCGCAUCUUGGUGUGGCCGCUGGGAUUGCGCCAUCGGCUCACAAUACUGCUGCUGCUAGCCGUGCUACUAGUCCACCCGCUCCUGGCGGUGAUAUGGACAUGAACGGGGAUGGAGAGAAGGUAGCGAGCUUGAAUGAGAACCUGAAGAAUAUUGGGAAGUUUUUUCGAAGAGACGUGGGCAGUUUUGGUGGCUUCGGACGGAGAGAAGAUGCUUCGCGGAGGUCGUUGGAUAGGAAAUAG